GUGUCUAUAUACAUAUUCACAUAUGAAUUUUAUAACAUAAUCAAUAGAAAGAAAAAGAAAAAAAAAAUUUUAAACACAUGACAAAUGUAAACUAUAGGUAUUUGAGCAACAAGGACUAUAACUCAAAAUGCAAGAGGGACUUAGACAUGACUUCAUAUAAUUCAUUAACAGACUGAUUAUUCUUGGAUAAUAUCUUUUAUGGAUGAUAAAUAGUUGGUUAGGUUGCGUUAUUUUUUUCCCCAACCCGCAUUCUGCGAAGACCCACCCUACUCUGCCUCUGAUUGGCUGACCCUGAUAUUCUUACCCUAACUCCAACUAACUCUAACCAAUCUAACCAACGAAGGCAAGGAGUAUUAGCCAAUCAGAGGCAGAGUAGAGCGGGACUUCGCGGAAUACAGGUGGGUUAGAUUUAGGCAUGAGAAGUGAGAUUGGUUAGGAUAAGAAUAGCACGGUAAGCCAAUCAGAAGCAGAGGAGGGCGGGUCCUGACUUCGCCAUCCUAGGAAAAAAUAACUUCCGGUUAUUUAACUAGUGCUAACGCUGUGAUUAGCUUGACCUGGCUAAUAGUGAAGUCAUCGAGAUUGAAGUACAGUCGUAUUCUUAACUGCCCCCCCCCCCCCCCGUUUUCAACGUUUGUUUGAAAAAUGUCUGGACUUGUCUCGAUUUAUGAGGCAACAGCACACCGAGGACUCGUCCAUCCUUCCCUCGCGCUCAAACACGGAAACUGUCACAUUACAGCGCCCCCUUCGAUCAGAGUUCAACUAUAUUUUAUUAAUGUUGCUCUACUGAAGUUUAAAUAGGUUAAUGUUGGAUAUCACGAGUUCGAGUAAAGGUGCAAUUUAAUUGUGACACAUAUAAAAAGGGCUGUCAACGUUUAUUUUUAAGUUUAGUCUACAAUUUUAAUUUCAUACAAACAUUUUCAAGGCAAAUGCCAUGACACAUAACUUAGUUCACAGUAGACAUAGGAGGGUGCCAUAUGGGUAAAAUCCUCUAUUACUGUAUCAUUUUAUGUUUUGAUAUAUAUCAUACGUUUUCUUUAAAAUCAAGUGAAAAACCUUUGAUGGAUGUUCUGCUUUAGGCUAAUCCAGCAAAUUAAAAAAGCUGACAAAUCAAGAUAUAUGAAUGAUACAAUGCAAUGAUAUCACAAUUAGAUAAAAAUAGUAUAAAAACACAAUGUUGUUAUAAAGCUGUUCUGCUCAUAAAUUUACAACAUUGCCAACAAAGUUCAACUAUCAGAUAUAUCACAAGGAUACUUACCGCGGUACGAAUAGAAUUUGAUUUUAGACAAAUGAUAUUACAUUUUAUUUUAUUUUAUCAAAUGUGUACUCUCUCACUGUAUAUAUUGUCAUAUCACCCAACUAUAGCUUGAAGAACACAUAUAGCAUAUUUGUGGGUACUGGGGGGGUUGCAUAAGCAAUUUCACUAUCUAUACUUGACAACAUUAGUGAUUUUAAAAAAUGUUUUUAUUUGUGACCUCUGGUCGCCCAUUCAAAAUCUCCCACAAUCCACUGGUGGGCCACAACUCAGACUCCGUGAUGUGCAGUACAAUACAUCACAGACCACCCAUCUGAUAAACGCCACACUAGAACUCACUAGAGAAAGUUUUGUGAAUCAGUUAAUGUCAAGUGUAAAGUUAAUUAAAUGAACUUUGAAUGAAUCAAUAGGAAUUUCCAUGAGAACUUAAAGUAAGAGAGUGAUAAAAAAAAAAAAAAAGACUUUCAGGAGACAUUUUCACAUAUAUAGAGGGUGGUGGGAAUACAAGCUCUCUCUCUCUCUCACUCUCUCACACACAUACACACACACACAUGGUUUUGUAAUAUUGACAGAGCAGCCACCUCACAUAGAUAAGCAGUGGCAUGCUGGAGGGAGAUUUCUGAGUAAAAGCCAGAGGACAAGAGGGAUAUCCAGACAUGACUUCAAAUGAUGACUGCAGCCAAGAUGGAAAAUCAUUACACCAUAACACAGGAAACAAAGGUGGGCUUGCAUUAUUUUAACUGCCCUCAAAAUGCUUUUGCCAAACCUUCUGUGUCAGUUGUCCACUUUGAGCUCACAUCAAAGUUGUCUGUUUGUUCAGGAUCUAUGAGCACGGUCAGAGUUGGGUCCAGAAGUCUUCCCAUGUAUCCACUGUUGAUCAUGUGUUUAGGACUACUAAACAUUAUUCUGCUGUUAGCUGCAGUUGUUAUUGGGAUUUACUGUGGCAAAGUCCCUGAGGAAUACGCUCCCCACCAGAUAAAAGCACAAGAGCUCUUCAUAGAGGUGAAGCAUCUUCAGGCAAUGCAGAGUGAAGUCAUCAAAGCUGAAGAAGAGACACAUAAAGCGUUAAAGAAAGAGCUCAGCAACUUCCAGGCACUUCAACUGCAGUUAGAUCGGAACAAGACCCUCAGCGACGGCUUUCAGAGUCAGAUUGAGGCACUGCAAGUGGAGAAAGCAAUACUGCAGUCCAGUACCUCUGAUAUUUUGGCCAGUUGUGGUCGAUGCCUCCCAGGAUGGUUUUUAUUGAACACAUCAUGCUACUUCCAUUCUAAAUCAGAAUCCAGUCUUUUAAAAAACUGGCCAGACAGCAGAGCGGACUGUAUCCACCGUGGGGCCGACCUGGUUGUGAUUGAUAACUUGGAGGAGCAGAAAGGGCAUGAGCAGGUCAUGAAGAUUUAUAGGCAACGUGGACUGUGUUGUAGAUGUUUGGCCAAAAUUGUAAGCAUGAGUGGACACAGGUACCAGCCAGAGCCUGAUGGUGGCAGGGGUGAAGCCCACCAGAAGAUAUAAUAAAGUGCUGGCAUAAACAUAAUGUCAUAAACAUGUCAUAAAGAAGAUAAGGGACUUGCCUACUUGCCCACAGGAACAUGUUGGGGAGCAGGGUGAAGUAAGGUGAAGUAAGGUGACAAGGAGAUGAAAAAAAGGUGACGUAACUUGCCUUAAUGUUAAAAAGCUGUUUUGUGUGUGUUAGGUAAUUUUUCAUUAUAAACCAAUAUGUAAGUGUAAUCAAUAAAGGCACAUAAGCCUCUUUUAUUUUUUGAAUGUGAAAAGCAAAUUGAUAAAUAAUGGUGGAAGAAAAAGGUGAUGUUGAACAAAUGCCAGGGACUGUCCACUGAGAUCAUUGUUGGCAAUAUAUUAAAUUUGGUGGCACAUUGGGAGGCACUCUCCAGGGUAUAUAAGAUGAUGGUUUCCUAUUCAGUUUUUAGGGUUUUGCUUCAUGAACCAAGCCUCUGUUUACUGUAUUAGGCUAUUUGCACAGUAAAUCUAAUAUUGUACUGAACUCUGAACCGACUGAGUGUUUUUCUUCAACUUUGAAGUACUGUCUUUUAUUUUUGAGUUGUUUGACUAAUUUUGAGACUAAAAGAUGUUGUGUAGCUGAAGAUCUAUAAAGUUUUUUCAGUUACCACACAGACUGCAGUCUUAACACCCAUGCUUUUCCCGAUAUGUGCAAAUAUCUGCUAUGAAAAGGCCUAAAAGCUUUAGAUAAUGUUAGGAUGGUAUAUGAUAGGCAGGCUUGUGUUGCGAGUUAAUACUGUAAAGUUAUAUCUUUAAGGACCAAACUGUGCUGUUGUUUCCCAUCUGUUUAUUUAGGUCAAUCUUUCUGAGUUCCUACCAAAACUGGAUUCAAGACCAUCGUGGAGAAGGCAAGGGGGAGU